AGCUUCUGUAUUUCUGGGAGUUCCUGUUCUAAUGUAGUAAAACUGAAAGAUAUAUUCCUGGAACAGAGUUCUAACUGUGUUAAUGCUGUAAAUAAGUUUUAACCAAAUUAAUGCUCUACAGGAUCCUUAAAGAUGGAUUUAAAGAAAAAAGUCUGCAGAAUGAAGCAGAUUUCUGUCCUUCUGGAAGUCCUGUUCUUCCUCCCCAUGAGUUUUCCUCAGGUUUCUGCAGACACACACUCUCUGCAGUAUCUCUACACUGCACUCACACCAGGAAUAAAUUUCCCAGAGUUCACUGCUGUUGGUCUGCUGGAUGGAGAGCAGUUUUUGUACUAUGACAGUAACAUCAGGAAGAUGAUCCCAAAGACGGAGUGGAUGCAGAAGAUCAGGACUCAUUAUCCAGAUUACUGGAAAAACCAGAAACAUCACAUGCGGAGUGAUCAGGAGAAACUCAAACAGCUCCUGCUUACAGUAAUGAAAGACUUUAAACACACUGAAGGAGUUCACACAUUCCAGAGGAUGUACGGCUGUGAGCUCUAUGAUAACGGCACCACUAGAGGACACGAUCAGUUCGGUUAUGAUGGAGAAGAUUUCAUCAGUCUGGAUCUGAACUCUGGAAACUGGACUGUAGAUAAACCACAAGCUGAAAUCUUCAAGAAGAUGUGGGAAAAUGAUCCUGGUUUUACUGUGGACCAGAGGAACUACCUGGAGAAGGAGUGUAUCGAGUGGUUAAAGAAAUUUGUGUCUUAUGGCAGAGAGAUUUUGGAGAACGACGGUUCUCUGUUCACUAAAUUUCUGGAGACCAACGAAGAGGAGGUGGAUGUCUCCUGGAGACUGAACUGGAGUCAGUAUCAGUAUUCAGUAAUCAAUAUUUCAGUUGCUGUUCUCAUCUUCACUGUCUCUCUUUGUGGAUUUGUCAUUUGGAUGAAAAAGCAGAAGGACACACAUGCUCUAACUCCAGGCAGCCCCAAUGCCUCCUCUAAAUUAUAUAUACCGGACUUUUAGGUCUUUUAAGUCCAGCCAUGUUCCUGAAGAAAUGAGAGAGAGAGAGGAGGAAAGAGAGAUGAAGAAGGACUUUUUACUAGCAUUUUUUUUUUUUUACUAAAAAAGCAUUUUUACUAGCUUUGAUUAAGGCAGUGGACCACCACUGUCCAAGUUCACGUCCAGGACUAGCCGAGAUCGAGUCGAGGACAAAGUCAAGUUUGAAACCUAAGAAAACAAAACUGAGUCAAGAUCAAAAUCCACAGUUGGCUUUAUUUGUUCAUUGCAUCAGUCAUUAGGCUGUUUUCUAGGGAAAUGUUUUAUUUUACAUCAAACUAUUUUGAUCUGAAAAACUGAGACAAUAUGAAUUUUUAUUUUUAAGUCCUACAGCCCUAUACAAAACAUUCAGAACCUAUUAACACCCCUUCAUUUUUCACAUUUUGGCCUUCAGUCUACACUCCAUACACCAGAAUGACAAAACAAAAGCCAGUUUUAUGCUAAAAAAAGCCCUGGAAUAUCACACUGAUAUAAUUGUUCAGACUCUGUGCUAUAUGACUUCAGCCCUAAAGCUCAGUGGUUUUUCAGUGAUGGUUGACCUUCUGCAAGCUUCGCCCAUGUCCACACAUGACCUCUGGAGCUCACCCAGAAUGACCAUCAGGUACUUGGUCACUUCUCUUACCUUGACCCUUCGCCACUGCUUGCUCAGUUUGCUGGUAAUCAGCUCUAGUAAGUAGCUCUAGAGUCCUGUUUGUUCCAAACUUCCUACAUUUAAGCAUUAUGGAGGUCACUGUGCUGUUUGGGACCUUCAAUGCAGCAGAAACUUUUCGUAGCCUUUCUCAGAUCUGUGCCUCGACACAAUCCUGUCUAUCUUUAAACAGUUUGAAAAGGUUCCUUAUGGUAUAUUUUACUUUUUAAUGUGAUAUUUUUUUUUACUUGGGUUUUCUCUAAUGUGGUGUAAUUCAUGUAAAAGUAAGUGUUCAUGUCCUUUUUGGGGUCACUGGAUGGUGACUAAGAAAGUGUUCCCAGCUUGAGAAUGGCUGCUGAUGCUGUAGGUCUGCAACAAGCUGAUGUCUCCACCUAAAGCAGCAGACAGGAUAUCUAACGCAUCAGACAUUCUAAUGUAUCUACACUGCCAUCAUUUUCUUGCCAUCAGUUUAUCUAAUGUAUCUAGACUGAACUGGGAUAGUGGCACCUUUAAACACAUUUAUUUUGUAUACUUUGUAUAUUUUAUUAAAAUGGUACAGUUUUGUAUUCCGUUCAUUAUUUUUCUGUUA